CACGAGUUUAUAAGCACUAUCACGCCCACACCCACAACCACCUCAGACCAAAGUGAUUCAGGUCUCUCACAAGACACGGGUGUUUUUGACAUCUGAGAAUUGAGUCUCUCAUAAACCCUAUUCAUUAAUCCCUAGGGUUUUUUCUUAAUUUCACUCAGUUUCCCUCAAGCCACAAACUCAUCCUGCUGCCUUCUUCUUCACUUCUCAUACCGCAAGCCGCCGGCCACUACAGUCCACAACCGCCGUAUACCACAAUCUAACUCAUCAUCAUCUUCGGGUUUUCUCUCUUUCUUCAAAUUAAAGAAAUGGCGGAAAAUGAAGAGCAGCAAUUAAACUAUGUGGAAGAGACUAUACUGAAGAAAAGGAAGAAUAGCGAGGAUUGGGCAAUUCGUAGGAGGCAACAGUUGUUGGAAAGACAAUGGAAAAUCAAAGCAGACAAGAAAUUGGCUUUUAAGAGACCCGAGGAUUACAUCAAGGAAUACAGAAGCAAAGAACUGGAUUUGGUAAAGAUGAAGCAGAGAGUAAAAAGGCGUAAAACCUCUAGUACAUUGUCAUCAAGACUGCUUUUUGUCAUCAGAAUUCAGGGUAAAAAGCCUGUUCAUCCACAAAUUCAGAAGAUUUUGAUGUCAUUUGGUUUGAAGAGGAAAUUCAGUGGUGUUUUUCUAAAAGCAACAGAAGGGACUUUAGCAAUGCUUGAGAAGGUUGAGCCAUAUGUGACUUAUGGGUAUCCAAAUCUGAAGAGCGUGAGGGACCUAAUUUAUAAGAAGGGUCUUGCAAAGUUGGAGAAGGAUAAAGUUCCGUUAACAGACAAUAACGUGAUUGAGCAGGCACUGGGGAAGUAUGGAAUUUUAUGUCUCGAAGAUAUGGUCCACGAAAUUUUUUCUGUUGGCAGACAUUUCAAAGAUGCGUCUCAAUUUUUAUGGCCCUUUGCUCUUGGCAGGCCUGAUAGUGGAUUUGAAGGCAAGAAAAAUACUUUCAAGAACGGGGGAGACUCGGGAAAUCGCGAGGAACAUAUAAAUGAGCUGAUUGCUAAGAUGACUUGAGGCUUAGAUGCAAUAUGAAUUUUAUAGCUAUCAACUAUAGCAAGCAUGUAGACUAUUUUAUGUAAUGGAUGAGCUUACUCGAAUGGGUAUCGGAUGAUUGCAAGUUUUGAUUUUUACUUGUCCAUAUAUUACUUAUCGGUACGCUAUGUAAUCUUGUGGGCAUUGUUUUGGGGUAUGGCCUUGGAUGGGAAAGCUGAAAAUACCAUUGUAAUUCUCUUACUAUAAAUAGUAAGACUACACUUACUAUGAAUAGUAAGACUACUAAUUUCAAAGAGCAAAUCUUUCUCUUACCACAAGCAUAUCCAUUU